GAUCGUGCGCACUUGGCGUUCCCUGCCAAUCAGGUUCGCGUCACUUCCUUCUCGAGAAGGCUGCUGCUUUUUGCUACUACAGUUGACGAGUCCGUCAGCAGGGAAGCUCGCGCUACGGGGAGCGAGGGUUUCUCGGUCGCGCGCCAGGGACUGUGCAUUUAUUUGGCCUCGAGGGGCGGGGCCGGGACCGGGACGGCAGCUUCACGCUUGUUACCCUCGGCUGUCGCCGCUCGAGGACCAGCCCUGAAGAGCCGAGCGGGACCUAGUCAAGUCGGGCCUUCGAACGGAAAAAGCCGGAGAAAUCUGCUGCUGAAACUGAGGGCCGAGGGGAGAGUCACCCGGCAACGAUUAAUAGCUGAGAUACUGAUCAAGUUCUGCCCUUCUUCAAUGAGGAACUACAGGCUGAUCUUCUGCCAUAACCUUAAGCAACCAUAAAUGACAAAAGAAUGCUUGGUCAGUAAGGGUAGCUGGCGUAGAAAAUAUUUUGUGAACAUAGGUGUUUAAGUGCUGUGAGAAAGACACUUUGACAUUGGGCUGCAUAAAGAUAUGAGGAAGAGCUCCUCCCCUUCUUUGAGUAAUUGCAACUCUGUUCUCACUAAUAAAAUAUUUGGAAUUCCACUUGAUGAACUGCAACAGGAAGGGCAACCAGGCAGUGAAGUUCCAUUCAUAGUCCGCCAUGUUGUGGACUAUAUUGAGGAACAUGGAGGUCUAGAACAAGAAGGACUUUUUCAAGUCAAUGGGAAUGCAGAAACAGUGGAGUGGCUUCGGCAAAGAUAUGAUAAUGGAGAAGAUGUGGACCUGGUUAAAGAAGCAGAUGUACCUUCUGCUAUUAGUCUUCUUAGAUUUUUUCUUCAAGCACUUCCAGAACCAGUUAUUCCUGGCACUCUUCAUAUGCAUUUGAUACAACUGCCUCAAGAUUAUAAUGAAGAUGAAUUUGGAAGAAAAUUGAGAUUCCUCUUGCAACAGCUUCCGCCUGUGAAUUACAGUUUAUUAAAGUUUCUGUGUAGAUUUUUAGCUAAUGUAGCAUCACAUCAUGAAGAGAUUUGGUCUGCAAGUUCAUUGGCUGCAGUUUUUGGUCCUGAUAUCUUUCACAUUUACACAGAUGUGGAGGAUCUGAAAGAGCAAGAACUUGUUAGCAGAAUAAUGGCAGGACUGCUAGAGAAUUAUGAUGAACUCUUUGAAAAUGAAGAGGAAGAUUUCUCAUCUAAUGAUUUAAGUUCAGUAACUGAGCAGAUAAAUGAUUUGUUGGAUGAAGAUGAUAUAAAGCUUGAGCAGUCUGAAGAACUGCCAGAGGAAGAGGAAGAGGAAGAAAACACAGAGGAUCCGAAAUAUAGGGAAGAUACAGAGCCUCAAGAUAUGAUGGAGAGCAUUCUGGAAUCAUGUAGUGUUUCAGCAUCAACAAGUGCUCAUCUCUCCCCCUUAAGCAUCUUGCCAGCUUCUGCAGACAUCUUGGAAAGAACAAUUAGAGCAGCUGUAGAACAACAUCUCUUUGAUCUGCAGAGCAGCAUAGAUCAAGAUCUCAAGAACUUACAGCACCAAGUGGUGUGUCAUGAAGCAGAUAUUGAAGAAGAUGAAAAAGGAUCUAACAACCGGGAUGAUACUGAAAAGAAUAUUGCUAAAGAUUAUGAGAAUCUUGGAGACUGCUCUGAAACAGUGAAUUGCACUAAUUUAGACUGUGAAAUUGUACAACCUGUGUCUGAGGAUAAAGAAAAUUAUCAGGCUGCAGGCGUAUUGUUGAAGCCAUGUGAUGACGGAGGUGAAGAUAAAGAAUCCUUUGGAAAUAAGCAAGACUGUACAUCAUUUGAUGGUGGUAGAAAAAUGACGUCACACGUGAUUCUGGAUUGUGUUAGCAACAUUUCUGAUCAAAAUGUGAAAAAUGAAUCAGAAGAACUGAAAAACAGAAAUAAUAAUGCUCCUGAAGCAACACUGUGUGCCCCUCUACCACAUCUUGAUUUGAAGAAUGUGAAUGGUGGUGACAAAUGGGAAGCGCCAUGCCCUAUCACUUUUCCCCUCAUUGAUUUCAAAACAAUGCAUCUACAGAGAGAAGGGGAGGAGCCAUUUCCUGCUUUUAAAUCUUGGCAGGAAGAUAGUGAAUCUGGAGAAGCUCAGCUUUCUCCACAAGCUGGAAGAAUGAAUCAUCCUCUAGAAGAAGAUAGCCAUCCCAUAUUGGCACACCGGAGUUUGGAUUUUGGGCAAAGUCAGCGUUUCCUGCAUGAUCCAGAAAAAAUAGAUUCUUCAUCUAAAGCGCUUUCUUUUGUUAGAACUCGAAGAGCGGCAUUUAGUAGUUCUAAGGAUGAUAGAAGGGAGGAAAAGACUCCAUAUCAGGUGGUCAAAAAGUUGCAGAAAAAAAUAAGACAGUUUGAAGAGCAAUUUGAGAAAGACAAAAACUUCAAGCCUUCAUAUUCUGAUAUUGCAGCAAAUCCAAAGGUUUUAAAAUGGAUGACAGAGCUUACCAAAUUAAAAAAGCAAAUAAAAGAUGCAAAGCACAAAAGCUCAGAUGAAUUGAUACCUCAAGCACGUCCACGAAGUAACACUCUUCCAAAAAGCUUUGGUUCAUCUCUGGACCAUGAAGAUGAAGACAAUGAAGAUGAUCUGCGGGUUGCUCAGAAAGAGAAGAAGCCUACAAAAGAAGUCACUGUUGAACUAAUUUUAAAAAAACUGAAAGAAAAACGAAUUGAAAGAUGCUUGCCAGAAGAUGUAAAGAAAAUGACAAAAGACCAUUUGGCAGAAGAAAAAACAUCACUCCAAAAAAGUCUCCUGUACUAUGAAAGUCAGCAUGGACGUCCGGUUUCCAGAGAAGACAGACAUAUAGUUAAACCCCUCUAUGACAGAUACCGGCUUGUGAAACAAAUGUUAACCCGAGCAAGUAUUACUCCCAUUCUUGGAUCGCCAUCAACUAAAAGGCGUAGCCAGAUGUUACAACCUAUCAUAGAAGGAGAAACAGCCCAUUUCUUUGAAGAAAUUAAGGAAGAGGAAGAAGAUGGUGAUAUGUCUUCAGAAUUGACUGAUGUCUUAAAAUCCAGUGCCCAAACACAUCCCACUGCUACUAGCCCUGUUGAAAACUCAGAAUCUGAUGUUGAGGAGAGUCAAGAGAAAUUGACUCGAGAGCUUCGACUUUCUAGUAUCCGUGCAGCUUCCAUGCCUGAAUUAUUAGAACAACUUUGGAAAGCCAGAGGUGAAAAAAAGAAAUUGCGCAAAACCCUACGGGAAUUUGAAGAAGGAUUUUAUCAGCAGAAUGGGAGGUCAGUUUAAUAUAUAAAACUGAUUAUCCUA